AUGAAUCAUAUCUACCAAAGUCGUACCCGUGAUUCUAUCUUUAUCACUGUUUCGGUCAUCUCUGUAGGUGUCUUAUCGGUUGCGUUCUUAUUAUGGGCUGCAGGCAUUUCUAUCACCGGUAAGUCUACCAUUCCUAUGACUAGAGCCCCACCAAAAUUAAAUUUGAAAGCCUCAAAGGUUAAAAAUGGAACUCCAAUUGUCCCAGAACUAGGUCAUGGUGAAAGAUUACAAGCUGUUUACGAAAAAUUUCAAAAAGAAUACCAAAAAGGCAUUGAAGAGUUGUGCUCAAAUUUCGAUCAUAAUGAUGAAAAGCAAGAAUAUCAACGGAAUUAUUUCAACGAAAUGCUACUGAAAUUAUUAAUUCAAUUAGAUGAUGUAGAUUUAGUAAAUUUAGAACCUACGAAGAAGAAGGAAUUAAAAGAUAUGAGACGUGGGUUUAUCCAAUUAAUUCAAAAGGAUUUGAAAAGAUUGGAUUCUUUGAAACAAUAA